ACCCACAAGUUGUGACAUCAAUCUCUAAACUGUGUGUGGUAAUUUUUGUCACUUUUUUAAAAACGUCUUCAAAUUGUUUGAGGCAUUUUGUGCAUGAGCCAGGAUUCUGUUCAUGACCUUGAGAGUGCAAAAACUGUGAGAAUGGUUUUGCAGUGUUUCAUCCUUCUGGUUUUCUUCCUCGGUAGUAGCCAUGGACAUACUGAAUUCAUUUAUACAACAGAGAAUGAAGUAAAACUGUCCUGCAACACCAACAAAUGGCAAAUAAGCACAAAGUCUGACAACAUAAUUGAUGUGAAUUGCACAGUGAAGUGUGUUCCUGGUGAACCACUCAGACUUAACAAUAUCCAGGAAUUCCGUACAAAUAACGAAUCAGACAAAGUUGAUGAAAAAUUUCCGCUAAUAGCAUCAAGUGGAUUUUUUCGAUGUGUCACUGCUCUGGAUUCUGGUUUCUUGUAUCCAUUCAAACCGUCUCCCAACACUGUCACGUCAUACAUAGUCGCCCCUGCAAAUGAAGACAUAACAACUAAAUCUGUGGAGAGAUCUUCAGUCGAGCUAACUGAAGGAGAAGAUGUACUUUUAAACUGCAGUUUCAUCUUUACAGAAAGAUAUAACAAUGAGGAUUUCUCUGUUUACUGGAUCAAGACCAUUGAAAAGAACAAUAUCUGUGUGUAUUCUUAUGAUCUUGAAAACGCUUAUGGUAUAGAGUACAAUCGUCAAUGCAAUGUGCAAGAAGAUCUGCUUCACAGACUCUCAAACCAAACUGACGGCAGAAACACCAACCAUAACAUCAGGAUCAGUAACGUAACAGAGUCAGAUGCUGGACAAUAUCUUUGUGUUUUACAAGUGCGCCAUUAUAAUAAAGCAAAAGCAACAUGGAAGAUCAUAAAUAAUGUUACAGUCAGUGUACCUAAAGGAUCUAAGGACAAAGGAUCUGGAAUAGCUGAAAUAACGACAGAUGGCGAGUCUCUCAUCCGCUUAUGUGUUACACUGCCAAUAAUACUGGGUGUUCCGAUAGCUGUUGUGGUGGUACGUUUAUGGAAAAAGAAUAAAACCUCUCCAAGAUCUCAGACUAUGGAACUGAAAACAAUCCAACAUAGAGAUGAAACUUAAAUGAACUUUGAAGCACGAGAACAACACAGCACUUAGGAAGAAUGUUUAAGAUGUGUUUAAUAUGUUCUCUUUAUUAAGAUUUCUUUUACUUAUUUUAAUGCUCCUAUUAUUAUACAGUAUGUCUUUCUCAUUUCAAAUGUAUAAAAUCAAUACAUCAUAUAUAUAUAUAUAUAUAUACAGUAUUCUUUUUAUUCAGACUGUAAGACAUAAAAACGUUAGUAAGUGUUUAAUGAUGAAAAAUUAUUAUGGCAAUAAACAUUUAAUAUAUUUGUAGCAAUAUGUACAGUACAUUUACAGCAGGGAUCUCCAACCUUUUUUCCUCUGAGAGUUACUGGUGUUAUAUUAUUAGUAACAUUUAUUUACAUAGCUUAUUGCCAUAAACCAAACCAGCUGAAUGAGCUAUUUUUGUGUGAAUUUAAAAGAAAAUGUCAACAUCAGUCAUAUUUUGCAAUAAAUCAUUUUAAUUCACA